AUGGAUGAAAAAUCACCAUUUCAAGAAAAGAAGAUUCCUGUUUCUGACCUUUAUGAAGCAUUACAACAUAAUGAAAAAUUAGAUAAAAUACCAGAUACCAUCGAAACUAACCGAAUAUAUCGAGUAGCGCUUGCAUCAAAUACAAAAGGCAAGUUUCAGUCUUAUCAAUAUUCUUUUAAAGAAUUUUUAAAAAAUUUAGAUGCUUAUAAAUUUGAUAAAUAUGCAUGGAAAAAUACACGAAGAACACCUUAUCCAAAAAAUAAUCCUGAAUUUAUCAAGAUUUAUUAUUCUUGUGUUAAUGCUGACAAGAAAAAAGAUGGACGAUGCGUCAAACACGUUUUUAUAUCGAAAGUGAAUGAUCUUGAUGUUCUUGUCUGCUAUUUUGGAAAUUUCUACAUUGCAGAGAAGCGUCCGCAUGGUAAUUGCAGAUUAGAAAACUCUCACGUUUUUCAUCAUACACCUGCUUCGACAAUUGCACAAAUAGAUGAACUUGUCUCGAAAAUGCCUGGCGCUACAGCUUAUAAAACAUUAGUUGCAACAAAUGGUGAUGUUGAAGCUCCACGUAAUGCUGCACAAUGCCAAUAUCGACGACAGAAAUAUCUGAAAAAUCAGAAAAUAACGUGUGAUGAAAUAAAAAAUCUUAUACUAUUAUCAUAUGAAUUGAAUGGAUUUUACAAAUUACUUCAACUACAACCAGAAACAUCAAUUGUUUUAAUGCACGAUCAAAUGAAACAACAAUUUGCAAAUCUUCUUACCAAAACUAAAGAAAUAAUUCCUCUAUAUUAUGACACAACCUUUUCCCUAGGGGAAAUAUAUGUUUCAAUACUUGGUUUCCGACACGUGAUGUUUUCCGAAAAGCCAAUACUUCCAUUUGCAAUUUUGAUACAUGAUUCAAAACGUGAAUUAGUACAUGAGCGUUUUGUUCAAAUUAUUAAUCAUGAACUACCUGAUCUUCAUAAAAAGUCGAUACUUGUUACUGAUGGUGAAAAUGCUUUAAAAAAUGCUUUCCAAACUCAUUAUCCAACAAUGUUACAACUAAGAUGCUGGAAUCACGCUAUUAAAGAUAUAAAACUGACUGCUAAAAGGUAUUAUUAUAAUGACCAAGAAAACCAUGCUAAUGAUGAUGAUUCUGUUCCAAAAACUAAAAAAGAAAUCAUUGCUGAUGUUAUGGAUUCAAUAACAAAUCUUUUACGUGUAUCAACUCGUGCCGAACCGCUAGCGGAAUUUCAAAAUAUUUUACAAUCAUGGCCAAUAAAAUUCCGCAAGUAUAUGGAAACAUAUAUUUUACCAAUUAUUGAUGAACUUGGUGGAUGGUCAAGUAGACCAUUUAAUCUAUUUGAUGAAGUUUCCGGUGUAACCACGAAUCCAAUUGAAAGUUUAAAUGCUGUUUUUAAGCAAUGGGUUUCUUGGAAAGAAUUAUCAUUAGAUGCAUUAGUUCAAAUGUUCUAUUUGGUUAUGGGUUUCUAUGUCAAUGAAACUAGACGUGGUUUUUGUGCCCAUGGUGGUUAUCAUUUGGAAUUGAAAUAUAAAGAUGCUCAAACUGAUACAUCAUUGUUAAGCCUUAUUGCUGGAUUUUCACCAGAUGAUGCUGUGGCACGAAUGAAAUCUUUUUUAUUGAAAAGACAAGCAUCUACAACCAAUGAUAAUUCUCAACGCGUUGCUCUUGAAAAGGAGAUGGCAUCUUGUAAUUUAAAUGAUAACUAUGAUGAACAUGGAGAAGAAAGUACUGUUGAACAAGGUCGAAAUGAUCACACUUCUACCACUAAUUCAUCACCAAAUAAUGCCAAUUCUGUUCAACAAGAAACAUUGACAAAUAUUGCACGAGCAGCUAUUCUACUUGAACAAAACCUGGUGCAAUUUCAUAUGGAUUCAAAAGUCUUUACUGUUCGAUCUCUGGAUCAUCAUUUGGUUCAUGCUGUUCACAUGAACGAUCCCAAACGGUUAUUUCGGUGUUCAUGUCCGAGCACUUUACAAACUUGUUCACAUAUAUUGGCUGUUAAACUGUUCCUUGGUAUGCCGACUGAUAAACGUGAUAAUAAUAUUAAUCUUGGUCAUGAAAGAAAAAGAAAAAGAAUCGACGAUAAGAUUACUAAACCAGGUGGUAAACGUCCUCGACGAUGUGAUAAAGAACCAACAAAGAAAUACACUUCACCAUAUUUUCAAGGAACACAAGGUAACACAACAAAUGUUAAUCAGACACGUCAAGGAAACGUUAGUCAUUCUCAAAGAGAUGAACCAAUUAAUUCACCAGCAAUCAGUCGUGGUCUUACGAACAUCACGAAUUUACCUUCAUCGUCGACAUCAAAUGUUGUAACACCUAGCCGCAUUCAAAGUAUUCGUUUUCUUACGCCGAUAAAUAUUAGACUUCCAAUACAACAAUUGAAUCAAACUGUAAUCAGUAAUCCAAACUAG